UGAAUGUUCCGGGUCACAAACUGGACGGGAGAGGAAAUUAACUCCAGGACGGAGACGGAGGGGAGCAGAGAGAAAAAAGAGAAAAAACACCAAAACCCGAGAAUGCCACCCUCUGCCAGGCUGAGAUGUAGGAUGUGUUUUCUCUGCUCAGAAGAGGGCUUUUAAAUGCGGCGGGAGUCGACGUGAAGCGAGGAAUUAGUGAACUGAGGAGUGAAAAAAAAAAAAGAAGAAAAAACAGGUGCCUGCAAAGUAAAGUGAGAAGAACGACGGACAGUGAUUCUCACGCCGGGGAGCCGCGAGCCGACGGCAGCUCGACGCCUCUGAAGCGGGAGUUUGCGUGUUUUGCUGCUGUGAGUUUCUCUGUGUUUGACGGCGAAUUUAGCUCAGGACCGUCCCGCCGCAAAGCAAUCUGUUGCAUCCACCUCCUCCUCCUCCUCCUCCUCCGUCUCUCCGCCGUUUGUUUAUCACACGGGUACGAGAUUUAUUCCCACCUCCCCCGUCAUGUUUCACUGCAUCCCCCUGUGGCGGUGCAACCGUCACGUUGAGAUGAUCGAUAAACGCCACUGCUCCCUGCUGUAUGUGCCCGACGAGAUCUACCGCUACGGACGGAGUUUGGAGGAGCUGCUGCUGGAUGCCAACCAACUCCGAGACUUGCCCAAGCCAUUUUUCCAGCUGGUGAAACUAAGAAAACUCAGCCUGAGUGACAAUGAGAUCCAGAGAAUUUCUCCGGAAAUAGCCAACUUCAUGCAACUGGUAGAACUGGAUCUGUCUCGAAAUGACAUUAUGGAGAUUCCAGAGAGCAUUUCACACUGCAAAGCCCUCCAAGUGGCCGAUUUCAGUGGAAAUCCAUUAACAAGAUUACCUGAGAGCUUUCCAGAGUUAAGGAAUCUAACAUGCCUCUCCAUCAAUGACAUUUCGUUGCAAGCCCUUCCAAGUAACAUUGGAAACCUCUCCAACCUGGUGUCACUAGAACUCAGAGAAAAUGUGCUGGGAUCCCUCCCAGAAUCACUAUCGCUGCUUCACAGGCUCGAAGAGCUCGACCUAGGCAAUAACGAACUGAUGGAUUUGCCGGAGUCAAUAGGCUGUCUUGUCAGCUUGAAGGACUUGUGGCUUGAUGGGAACCACUUGGUUGAAAUACCUGCAGAGAUCGGCAGUAUGAAAAGCCUUCUGUGCUUGGAUGUAUCGGAGAACCAACUGGUUCGACUUCCAGAGGAGCUGGGCUGUCUGGCGUUGCUUUCUGAUCUUUUGGUGUCUCAAAACAACAUCGAAGCUCUCCCAGAAACCAUUGGAAAACUACAUAAGCUUUCUAUUUUGAAAGCCGAUCAGAACAGGCUAACGUAUCUCCCGGAGAGCAUCGGAAAUUGUGGAAGUCUCACUGAACUUGUGCUCACAGAGAAUCAGCUGCAGAGUUUGCCGAGAAGUGUUGGGAAGUUGAAAAAGCUGUCAAACUUCAACUGUGACAGGAAUCAGUUGACGUCUUUGCCCAAGGAGAUUGGAGGCUGCAGCGGUCUAAAUGUCUUCUGCGUACGAGAAAACAAGCUGACCAGGAUACCUGCAGAGCUGUCACAGGCCACCGAGCUGCACGUGCUGGAUGUGUCCGGUAACCGGCUCACCCACCUGCCCAUGUCGCUGACCACACUGAAACUGAAGGCCCUGUGGUUGUCAGAAAACCAGUCGCAGCCCCUCCUCACCUUUCAGACGGACGAGGACCCAGACACGGGCGAGAGGGUGCUCACCUGCGUGCUGCUGCCUCAGCAGCCGUAUGACUCAGGGUCUGACAGUCUGGCCCGCUGUGGAGGCCUGGAGAGCCUGGUGAACGACAUCGCAGACGACACUUGGGACAACAAAGCUGCCAACAGGAUCAGUGCCAUUCACUUCUUGGAUGAUGAUGAGGAGGAGGAGGAUGAUGAACAGGGAACACUACUGCGGCGGGCCACGCCUCACCCCGGCGAGCUCAAAACCAUGAAGAAAGCAGCCGAGAGCCUCCGCAACGACCUGCACGCCGCCAAAGGCCUGGACUCCAACAAAAACGAGGUCAAUAACGGUGCAGACAGAGUGACCACGUCUGUGUGACCUUUUUACCUCAGAAAAGUUUUUCUUUUUUGUUUUUCUUUUAAAUUUACCUCCUGUGUCUGACCGUGUCGUCCUGCACAGCCCCGCAGCCCGCCAUCCCAACAUGUUUCUUUUCCCUUCUUGUCCCAGUGUGGCCUCCCCCUCCCUCCCCCCCCUCCGCCCCGAUUGAACUUUGGGACGCCUGUUAACCUUACUCCAUCUACAGUCCUGUGUAAAACUCCGUGUACCGGGGCCAAGGUGCCUUCCUCUUUUAUUAACUGUCCGCUGCAAUGAUCUGCACAGAGACACUCCAUUUAAAAGAUAUUUUAAAGAUUUAUUACUUUUUUUUUUUUUUUUUUUAAAUGACUCUUUUUAAAAGUAUACAUUAGAUAGUUGCACUACAAGUCUUUAUAUCAUGGCCAGACCUUUUUAAAUGUAUUAUAUAUUUGUUCUAUAUCUUUUUUUAAAACACUGGGUGAAUACUUUUUACAUUUUUGGGCAAAAAUGCAGGAGUUUUUGGACCUACUGAUUAAGGAUUAUUGUAUAGUCGCCUGUGAAUAUUGAUACUUUUAUAUUUUUUGGCAGCUCAGAUGUAAAUAAAAUGUAUAGCAAAUUUCUUAAUCAGUUGCAGAUUAUAAAUCUAUUUUUCUUUCUCUUUUUUUUUUCCAAACUUGGUACAUUUUUUUUCCUUCUUUUAUAAAUCAAAGCAUUGAACAAAACAGUCACUUAUGUCUUAUUCAGUUCAUGUGAUCGUCACUGGGUGAGUGGAUGGCCUUUUAUCCUCUUUUUUUUCUUCUUCUGUAAAACUUCUUUUGGAUAAUAAAAUAAAUAAAUUGAAUACAUUUGGAUUUAAGUACUGCACAUCAAACUUUAUCCGUCUGCAGUGUAAUCAUGCAGAAGUGACAUUGUCGUCUUAUUUAUAUGUGCUGUGCUUACCUGCUUCGCGAUGUUUUCUCAACUAGAUGCCAAAACCAGGUGUAUUUUUACAAAAGUCUUUCCCUUUAACAAAGAGUACUGCUUAAAAUCUUCGCCGCAGACUUGUUGGUUCGUGCCGUGAGGACGGCGUUCUCCGAGAUGUAGUCCUUCCACUUCGAUGCACUUGUCAGCAUUGCUCAAAUUGUUCUCUUUUCUUUCCAUUGGUACAUGUUAAAAUGUAUUAUUUUCUUUUUAAAUUGAUUGCAAAAAGUGGACCAGGGAAUAUUGGUUCCAGCGUUUGUUUUAAUGUUUUUAAUUAUUUCCUGAUCAAACUGCACAAAUCAAACCUCAGAUUUGAGGUUUGGAUGAGUUUUUAACCACUGAUCAAUAAAAGAGAGUGCAACACUAAA